AUGGACACGGAUGAUGACGACUACUUCCUGGAACCAGAGUAUGGGUACGAAGAUCUCACAUUCCUGGAGGCCUGCAUGGACGGGGACCUGGACGCCAUCGCUGCCAUAGUGGAGGACAAUCCAACAGAGGAAGAGAUCAAUGAAAGAGACCGAUGUGGACGGACGGGACUGUCUCACCUGUGCUCCACUGGACUGGCGCCAGCCCUGGAAUUGUUGACUGACCUGCCCGAACUGGAUGUCAACCUGCCUGACAAGGAGGGCAACACGCCAUUGAUCCUGGCAGCUCAAGCAGGACACACUGACGCUGUCAGAAUUAUGCUGCAAUAUUUCAAAGGGAUACGAAUCGACCAGCCAAACAGACUGGGGAUGACCGCUCUCAUGAAGGCGGCGAUACAGGGUCGCUCAGACUGCUCCAGGUUGCUUCUCUACGCAGGGGCAGAUCCAAAGCUUCGAGACCAGGGGCGAAAACUGUGUGCUGAGGAAUGGGCAGCUUUCUGUGGUCGACGAGACUGCGCAGACGCCAUUGCUAAAUUUUCCAACACGAAAAGCUUUUAUCUGAAGGCAAUGGAAGCAGAGAGAUCUCAUCAAAGACUGGAGAGAUCCAACUCGCUUCCUGAUCUCGCCAAUGAUAUCAUCAUCGACGCGAAACCACAACAUAAAAGAGCGUCUCUAAGGAAGAAGAUCAAAAAUAAACUGACCGGAACUACACCUGAAGGUCCUAGCAGAUCGAGUCUGUCACCUGGAUCUCGAAGUCCGUUUGCUGUUAUUGCCCGUUGUGUGUCCACUCCAGUUCUUCCAGGAGCAAUAAAUUCUAACACUGGCAACAAUUCGUCAAGGAACGUCAAUGUGGAUAGUAUUCCUCGAGUGGAAGUCACAAUGCCUCCAAAGGAUGAAGAGAACAGUGGAGCCGAUUUCUGUCUCCCCCCUGGUCGGACUGGAAGAUCCAGACGCCGUCUACACAGCUCAAGGUCCAACCACGAUGCAGACUUUCAACACAGUGAGGCUUUACAUUCUCCUGCAAGCAAUAAUAAAUCCACACCCGUGACUGAAGAAUAUGUGACUGUCACGUGA